UGGCAUCGGAAGUAUAACAAGCAACCAGAAUCCUCAAUCCAUACCGAAAACAUACGGUCGAGUGUCCGGGGCCAGAAUGACUACUUUGUCGAUUUCAGAAGACAAUCCCUUUCAGGUGUUGAUUGCAGAGUCAAACGAUGAUCCGGCUCAAUUGCAAUCGCGCUAUGAAACCCAUCGCACGAACCGGAAUGCACAGCAGAGGGCAAAGAUUCUGGCAGAGGACUUCCCAGGCUGGUCUUUAGACGAGAUCCUGCGCCGGCUUGAUGGCCCUGCCAAAGAGGAAGGUUACCUUGAUCCUCGCAACUGCCUCGUCAUCUGGGCUAGGCCUCCUCCUCAUAUCCGAGACAUGAUCGCCUUUGUUCAAAGCGAAUUGAAAGAUGUUGCUCCAUCAAUUUGGCUGAUGCCGCCCGGAAACCUCCACACGACCGUGCUAGAGGUGGCCCAUUCUCUGACAGCAGUCCAGAUCGAAGAACUUGUCCAAACCUUGAAAUCAUCGAAGAAUGUCACCGAGGCGGACAUUACAGGAUAUCCCCUCAAAAAUCAAACCCGACUCUUGAAGCCAAUGGUGAGCUUUGACUCUGCAGCAUUUGCUCUUAGCUUCGUUCCCGCUGCAGGCGAAGGCCCAGCCGAGGGUUCUGAGGGCCAUGGUGACCAGUACACCUAUCAUCACCUUCGCCGGGACGUUUUCGACUUGGUUCGGCAAACUGCUCUCCCUGUUGCUUCACGGUAUAUCGUUCCGUCAGCUCACGUUACUAUCGCACGAUUCAUCAAUCAUGACGGAUUUCUUGUUAAUCAAGCAGAAGGUGCAGAAGCGAUCGAUCCUUCCCAAGUGAAAUUGCUGGUUGAUAAAAUUUAUCAUAUCAACGAAACCUUGGCGAGCCAGUAUUGGCCAGGGGCUGACGGUAGCUAUCCGAAAAAAGGUGAAUGGGUUGUUGGAGAGGAUCAGGGACUUGUGAUACGGAGGGGCCGCGUGUGGUAUGGAGGGGGUCAAGAUGUAUAAACUGCAUAUUAUUUUCCUCUAGCCCUUUCCUAUCAUCAGAGGAUUGGCUUGUGAAUACUCCGUAGUCCGGAGUUCUGUCAAUUAUCCUGUGUCAAGGAAAUAUCUACUAUUCAGGGUAGAAGACCUGUCAACUAGGUAAGGGUACGUAGGCUGAAAGAUAAGCAGUAGAUAUCAGGCAGACAGAAGACUGAUUCUUGCCUUCUUCUUUCAUUAACACUAGGCUAACUUUAUAUCCAGAAGAAGCCCCUUAUUCUCCUAACAGGAUAAGACUGACAAGGAGCUACUAUACGCUAUUGAAAAGACGACGGAUAUGUGAUCCGUCGUCGCCGUUCGGCCUCCGAGCUGUAUAUGCACAAUGGGCAGGGUAUACGAUACAGUCAUCAUGCAGAGUCAUUAUCGGAUCUGUGACAUCCU